AUGACUUAUUCCUACGACAACGUGGCUUAUGACUACGGCAUGACACGCAUCGUGGGUGGCAUAGGUGCUGCAGAAGCAGAAUGGCCCUGGAUUGUCAGCAUCCAACACCCCUGGGUACCAGGCCUAGGACAUUGGUGUGGAGGGUCCCUCAUCACGGCAGAUUGGGUCCUCACAGCAGCACACUGCUUCGACAAGUUUGAUAACAUCAGCCUGCUGUAUGUGUUGAUUGGGGCCACCCAGUUGACUCAGCCGGGACCUGGGGCUGCAGUGCGCAGUGUCAAGAAGGUGGUGAUACACCGUGACUACAAGCGUAGCGACUACAGCUAUGACAUUGCCCUGAUGCAACUGGACCGUCCUGUCCUGUGCAGUUCCUACAUCCAGCUGGCCUGUCUGGCGGACCCCGCCCUGAAAGUCUCAGAGCUCAUCAACUGCUGGAUUGCUGGCUGGGGUGCCACUACUGCAAGAAGUCUAGAUUCAGCUGAUCGCCUUCAGCAGGCCAAGGUCCAGCUCAUUGAUGUCCAGCUCUGCAACAGCAGUGACUGGUACGCAGGAGAAGUCCAUCCCUACAACUUGUGUGCUGGUUACCCACAGGGCAACAUUGACUCCUGCAAGGGUGACAGCGGUGGUCCUCUCAUGUGCCAGGACAACAAUGCUGAGUACUGGUGGGUCAUUGGACUAACCAGCUUUGGAACAGGCUGCGCCAGAGCAAGGCAGCCUGGAGUCUACACCUCCAUUCAGUACUUCUAUGACUGGAUCGAUUACAACAUGCGUGUAAACGCAGUUAAAAGUGCUCCUUGA